UUUUUUUUUUUUUGAAGAAAUCACAUCACGCACACGCUCAAUAUUGAGAAGCUGUCGUAAGUCGUAACAUAACAUGAACAUAGUACUGUAAGAAAAACCUCAAUUCAGUUUAGUUGAGAGUGGUUUCUUUGUUUCUUUCACUGCGUGGUUCUUUUUCUUUUCCAUUUAAAAUACUUCAAUUCAAGAAACAAUUGGAGCGAGCGAGCGAGCGAGUGAGUGAAAGAAACAAUUUUCCAUCUUCCCCGAUCCCAAUUCAGGAUUCCGAAUCAACAAUUUUCAUCUUUCUUCUCUCUCUCUCUCAGGAAUUCCAAUUCUGGGUGUUUCAAUUCAUCAGGUCUCUGCAAAUUCUAUGGAGUCAAGUCACAAUCUUUGAAUAAAUAUAUAUUCUUGAUACUGGGUUUGUUUGUUUGUUUUGUUGUAAUUGUAAGUGUAUUUUGAGUUAUCUUGAUUUUCAAUGGCUAAUAACCCAACACAACCUAAUGUUGGGUUCAUCCCUUCAAACCCAGAACAAGAACAAGAUAGACAAACUCCAAUUCAUCCUCCUCCACCUCCUCCAACUUUUGCAGCACCACCUAGAUUUCCUCCACCAAUUUUACAUUUACAGAAAGAUCAAGGUUCUAUUCAUUCUGCAAAUGGCAGUCCAGUUCCUCACUUGAGCACCCCUCCUGGACCUCCUGUCUUUACAUCACCUGUCCGUCCGGCCGCUGUUCCUUUUCGAACAUCACCGGUUUUGCCUCAGCCGCCGGCUCUUUCUACUGCAUCUUCUUUGCCAACCUCAUCGUCCCCCCCUUACUCAAAUGGAUCGUUCGACUUGCAGUCACAACCUUCUGGUGGAUUAGAGGAUCACAUUCCACUUGGGGAGUCAUCAUCCUUUGUACUGUUUUCAGCUCAUAAGGUAUUGAAGCAGAAGAAACAAGCUAAUGUGCCCAGUUUGGGUUUCGGGGCAUUGGUCUCUCCUGGGAGGGAGGUCUCAACAGGUCCCCAGGUAAUACAGCGUGAUCCCCAUCGCUGUCAAAGCUGUGGGGCAUAUGCAAAUAUAUAUUGCAAUAUAUUGCUUGGAUCAGGCCAGUGGCAGUGUGUUAUUUGUCGAAAACUGAAUGGAAGUGAUGGUGAGUACAUUGCACAUAGCAAGGAAGAUCUUCACAGAUUUCCAGAAUUAUCCUCACCAAUGGUUGACUUUGUUCAAACUGGGACCAAGAGACCUGGUUAUGUUCCAGUUUCAGAUUCCAGAAUGUCUGCGCCAGUAGUUCUUGUAAUAGAUGAAUGUUUAGAUGAACCUCACUUACACCAUCUUCAGAGCUCGUUGCAUGCAUUUGUUGAUUCUCUCCCUCCAACAACAAGAUUAGGAAUUAUACUAUACGGCCGUACUGUAUCAGUGUAUGACUUUUCAGAAGAGUCAGUUGCAUCUGCCGAUGUGCUUCCCGGGGACAAGUCACCAAGUCAAGAUUCUUUGAAGGCUUUGAUUUAUGGUACCGGUAUAUAUUUGUCACCAAUGCAUGCUUCACUGGCUGUAGCGCAUUCUAUAUUUUCAUCAUUGAGACCAUAUAAGUUGAAUGUACCAGAAGCUUCCAGAGAUCGGUGCCUAGGAACUGCUGUUGAGGUUGCUCUCGCUAUAAUUCAGGGCCCAUCUGCCGAUCUGUCCCGAGGGGUAGUCAAAAGAUCAGGGGGUAAUAGUAGAAUUAUUGUCUGUGCUGGUGGUCCAAACACUUAUGGGCCUGGAUCUGUUCCUCAUUCUUUUAACCACCCUAAUUAUCCAUAUAUGGAAAAGACAGCAUUAAAAUGGAUGGAGAAUUUAGGUCGCGAGGCUCAUCGACACAAUAUAUUGGUUGAUAUUUUAUGUGCUGGAACAUGCCCUGUAAGAGUUCCUAUCUUACAUCCUCUUGCAAAAGCAUCAGGUGGUGUUUUGGUUCUUCACGAUGAUUUUGGAGAAGCCUUCGGCGUUAAUUUACAAAGGGCAUCUGCCAGAUCAGCAGGCUCCCAUGGAUUGUUAGAAUUGCGGACAUCAGAUGAUAUUCUCAUUACGCAAGUUGUGGGUCCGGGGGAAGAGUCGCAUGUAGACACCCAUGAAACAUUUAAAAACGAUACCGCUCUUUAUAUUCAAAUGCUAAGUGUUGAAGAGACACAGAGCUUCUCUCUCUCCAUGGAAACCAAAGGAGAUAUCAAAGGCGAUUUUGUUUUUUUCCAGUUUGCAAUUCAGUAUUCAAAUGUGUAUCAGGCGGAUGUCUCAAGGGUCAUUACUGUAAGAUUGCCAACAGUAGAUAGUAUUUCGGGAUAUCUUGAGAGUGUUCAAGAUGAAGUGGCUGCGGUCCUCAUUGCAAAGAGAACUCUUUUACGAGCCAAAAACCAUUCUGUUGCUGUUGAUAUGCGGGCAACAAUAGAUGAAAGAAUCAAAGAUAUUGGUCUAAAAUUUGGCUCUCAAUUACCCAAAUCAAAACUUCAUUGCUUCCCAAAGGAGCUGUCUCUCUUACCGGAGCUCCUUUUCCAUCUCAGGAGAGGCCCACUAUUGGGAUGCAUUAUUGGCCAUGAAGAUGAGAGGUCUGUGUUGAGGAACCUGUUUCUAAAUGCAUCCUUUGAUCUAUCGCUCAGAAUGGUGGCUCCACGUUGUCUAAUGCACAGGGAGGGUGGAACUUUUGAGGAGCUACCGGCUUAUGAUCUUGCUAUGCAAUCUGAUACUGCUGUUGUACUUGACCAUGGCACUGAUGUCUUCAUUUGGCUGGGUGCUGAACUUGUAUAUGAUGAAGGAAAAAGUGCCGCUGCUUUGGCUGCAUGCAGGACAUUGGCUGAAGAACUGACUGAAUUCCGUUUUCCAGCUCCUCGUAUCCUAGCAUUCAAGGAGGGUAGCUCGCAGGCUCGAUAUUUUGUGUCGCGUCUCAUACCAGCUCACAAGGAUCCUCCUUAUGAGCAGGAGGCAAGGUUUCCACAACUACGAACAUUAACAUCAGAACAAAGAACAAAGCUGAAAAGCAGUUUUGUUCACUUCGAUGAUCCAAGUUUCUGUGAAUGGAUGCGAAGUUUAAAGGUCGUACCCCCGCAACCGAGCUGAUGAGACCGGUUGUCUACAGUCGCAUGGUUUGAUUUAUUAAACCCGGAAAAAGGUCUUGGUGAAGGCAUCUUUUGUGGAAUAGAUACAUAGAGUGAAACCUUGCAGAUGUUCCAAAACUCUUGUUGAUUCGGAGCCUCUCCCAUUCAUUUUGAGAAACCUCCAUAAAGGUGCAAGUUGCACUUAGAAAAAAUGUUUUUCUUUUGUUUCUUUUGUUUUUUUGGUUUUUUGGUUUUUUUAUUUGAGGAUAUCCUUCGGCAGAAAUUUUCACAGUUUACAUGAUGUCAGUUAAUGUUACCAUAGAGCAAUAAAGGAUUUCUCUUUAUUUAUAUUUUUUAA